AUGGCAACAUUGAGCUUUGCUUUGAAGAACAACACCGGUUCUAACACGGUCUACGCCUAUAUUACAGGCCAGGCGCUUGACAAUCACAAUGCGCUUUUCCUCUUGCGGUCUGAUGGCAAGACAGCCUACUACCCGACUUCACCAUCUGACACUAUGACCAACCUGAGCGAGGAGUGUGCAAUCCCACUGGGUACAUCUGGCAAUACCACCACCAUCACUAUUCCGCACCUUGCAGGCGCGCGGUUGUGGUUCGCGCAAGAGAAGAAAUUGACAUUCUAUCUGAACCCGGGCCCUGCCCUUGUUGAGCCUUCGGUAUCCAACCCCGCAGACCCCAACUAUAAUCUGACCUGGGCCUUCUGCGAAUUCACGUGGAAUGAUUACCAACUCUAUGCGAAUCUCAGCUACGUUGACUUCGUGUCGAUGCCCAUUGCCAUGACCCUAACCAACAAAGCUGGUGAAACUCAAACCGUCAAGGGUCUGCCAGCGAAUGGUCUGGACCAAGUCUGCGAUGCUCUUCAGGCCCAGAACAGCAAGGACAAAGCCGGCUGGGACAAGCUCAUCAUCCAGCGAGAUGGUGUCAACUUGCGGGCCGUGUCUCCAAACACGGGAAGAACCCUCAAUAAUUCGUUGUUCAACAACUACUACGAGGGCUACGUGAAUGAAGUCUGGUCUCACUAUGCAAACAGCACCAACAAUACUUUGACGGUCAAUACACAGGCUGACGCCGGUGACGUUACCGCCAAAGUCGCUUCCGAUCUAUUGUCUUUCUCAGUUGCAGGGAUUUCUUACACCAAGCCGUCUACUGGGGACAUCUUCAGCAACAGCACUGGUUCUUUUGCCGUUUCUGGAAACGGAACUAAAGAUGCCAUUACAGCUCGUCUCGCGGCUGCGUUCAAUCGCUCGACCCUGUUGAUAAAUGGCAACCAGCCGAACGGGGAAUCGGUUUCAAACUACUACAAGAACGACGUGACAAACCAUUACUCGCGCAUCUGUCAUGAAGUGAGCCUUGACGCUCGGGGAUAUGCAUUCCCCUAUGAUGAUGUUGCACCUAACAAUGGGGCCGAUCAGUCUGGUAGUGUUUUUGAUGGCAACCCAAAGCUCUUGACAGUCACUAUUGGAAGCGGCUCUAGUAAGUCUGUCAAGGAUUCUGCCAUUGAAAAAGAUGCUACACCAGUUCAGCAACACGUGGAUAGUGGAAAAAGCAAGGAGAAUGGAAAGAAGCCGAGCCACUUCCAUGAGCUGAGGAGGUUUGUGGACAAGCUGUCGCGCAGAAAGAGCGACGCCUGA